AUGGGGGCGAAGAACGGCACAAAAAAACCGUUGGGCCCUAUCCCAGCUAAGCAAAUAGAGCUCAGACGUGCCUGUCAAACGGGCGAUGUCCGCAAGGUCGCAAGCCUGCUGACAGCACAGCACUCGCUGUGGAAGGUGGGCAUCCAGCGCCUGGUGGGGUCCUGGGUGCUGCGGAGGUUUGGGGUGCACGAGGACUGGCUCACACCUGCGCGUCUGGACUUUGUCUAUGACGAAGAGGAGGCCAACAUGCCCAUCCAUUACAUCGCCCUCGGCUCCCCUGUCUCCUUGGUGUCUCGGCUACUGUCAUCGCUGUGCAUCAGGGGGCCGGGGGCAGGGCACGCCUCAGACCGGGCAGAGCUGCUGAGGUUCCUGCUGGACAAGGGCUACCAGGUGGACCUGACCUCUGUCAAUGCGCGCCUGGAAACGCCCCUGCACUGCGCCCUCCGCUCCCGCUCUCUGGAAAUACUCGAGGUGCUGCUCACGCACCGGCCGGCCGCAGGUGCGGCGCAAGUCGGCGCCCCCGUAACGGAGAAGGACUCGGAGAGCCGCCGGCCGCUGGAUGUGGCGCUGGUGAGUCAGCAGUGGCCGGCCGUGCGGCUGCUGAUCGCCGCCGGUGCGCUGUCAAAGUGCCCUGAGCUGGAGGACGCGCGGCGCGAGCUGAAUCAGCUGCUGCCGGCUGCCGAGGAGGGCGCCAAGCACGGCGGCGUUCUCUUUGCCCUGCCAAAUGCUCUGGGCAAGGUGUUCAACUUCGUCCUUCGUCAGGGCCAAGAGCCCCGGCCUUCACCUCCCCCUGUAGGGAGCAGCAGCGCUGGACCGCCACUCCAGGAAGACCCCGAUGAGUGCAGCACAGAGAGCAAGGCCUCUGCUAUUGUGUUGGCAAACAAUGCAGAGGUUGCACAGCACCAACAGAAAAGCGUGGAGCACAUCAUGUAUGUUCUAGACGUAAACCAUGCACGCGCCAUGGCUCUACUGGAAGUCAAUCAAUGGAAUGAGCACCGCACAGUGGAUGCUUACUUUAGCGAUCCAGAAGGUGCACUGAGAGCAGCUGGGGUGUCCACUGAAAGUGAGGCCAGCACUUCAGAGGCAGCUGCCCCAAGCACCCGAGCUCCUGCAGUUCCAGCAGAUGGCCAGGGCUGCAUCGUUUGCUUUGAGCCUGUCAACCCCAGGAAGCUGUCUGUUGCACUCCCUUGCGGCCAUGUGACCUGCGACACAUGCUGGAAGGGCAUUCUGAAGGUGAGAUUGUCAGACGGGGACGUCCAGAGGACCGGCUGCCCUUUUGUCGGCUGCAGCUGCCGGCUGCCCUUCGCAGUUGCCCAGCAGCUUCUGUCAAAGUCGCAAAGGGAGCGCUUUGAGCAGCUGCUGGCGCAGAGCUACGCAGACACUAAUCCGGUUAUUAAAUGGUGUCCGAGGGCCGGCUGCGGGCGGUGCCUGACGGUAGACGCUCGCGUCGGGGCGGCUGACGGCGUCGCAGCGGCGGCCGGCAACGGGCGCGCGUUGGACGUGCGCUGCUCGUGCGGCCACGCAUUUUGCUUCUCCUGCCUGCGCGCACCCCACGAGCCUGCCACCUGUGCUGCGGUGAGGGAGUGGAAGUCGCUGGUGACAGAGGUGAAGAAGGAGAUGGAGGAAAGAGAUGAGGGGUGGCUGGCGCGCAACACCAAGCCCUGCUCCGGCUGCGGCGCCCCCAUCCAGAAGAACGGCGGGUGCAACCACAUUGUCUGCUCGCGCUGCCGCCGGCAGUUCUGCUGGAUCUGCGGUGGUGACUGGGCGUCGCACAACUCAGCGACAGGUGGCUUCUACAAGUGCAACCGCUUCAGGGCUGCGGUGGAGGCGGAGGCGGCAAGCCAAGAGGGCGGAGCUGUUGGAGUGCGCGCCUUCCUGGGCAGCGUCUUUGGCAGGAUCCAGGAUGCUGCGAUGCUCUUCCGGCUCAAUUACUAUCUGCGGCGCUACCAAGCCUCUGAGUGUGACGCCCGCCAAUUGCACGUGGCAGCUGAGUGGAUGAGCGCUCUGCUGACAGCCGGACUGCCCCUGAAUCACAGGAGUCAGGGAUGUGAGGCAGAGGCAGGUCCUGGGCCCACAGUGGCCAGUGCUGCCCAAGAGAGCUGCCCACCUGCCCGGGUUGGGCUGGGCGAACUGCUAGAUGACACUGACGGGGCCACGUCUGCUAGCGAGCCAUGCCCCAGCUCCCCUGCAGCCCUGGCAGAGAGCAACCAGUCCGCUUCUCAAGAGGACUCAGAGCGUCCGCCUGACGCUGUAAGCAAGCUCGCGCCACAGCAAUGGCCUGAACAGCAGGAUGCGGCAGAUUACGGGUACCUGAAGCUGGCUGCAUCCGAGGCCAUAGCUGCGCGUGAGGUUCUGCGCAACAGCUACAUCGCUGGUUUUUCCCUCCCCUGGGGAGACCGCCGCAGGCACUAUGAGGACAUUCAAGGGCGACUGGAGGCCGCGACAGAGCAGUGCUCGGUGCCUCUGGCGCUGCUGCCAGACAUUCAGGCAAUCAUGCAGGCAGGAGGCUGCAGGGCGCAGCCCCAGGACUGCAGCUACCUGCCGGCUUCCGCGCCAAACCGGCCGCUGCCGAUCCAAGUGCAAGAUGGCGAGAUGCUGCGCCGGCAAUUCUAUUUUGCGCUCGCGGUGCACGAGCGGGCCCAGCAGCUGCGUUCUCUCUCAAAAGCUGUGGCUGCCGAGAAGAAGCUGCUCCUCACCAGCGCCCGCAAAGGCCUCUUUGAGGAGCGCGCAGAGGCGUCCAUGGACGCGGCAGUGGCGACCGGCAUGCUGCCUCUGACAGGCAUGCAGAGCGAAGAGAUGCAGGGAGAAGGAGCCGGCAUCGGCAGCGCCCUGCAGACGGCCGGUGCAGCGCUGGCUUACUUCUGGCACGGCAGCUAG